CUCAACACCUCUUCCAUCUACAUCCCUUCCUUCACCCACCAACAUCACCUCCAACACUAUGUGAGAAAACCCAACACCAUCACCAAUGUCGACCACACCCAACCACGUCGUGGAUCGGAUAGAGAAGCCGUACUACUACCACCACUACCCGGUGUUUAAACGCGUCAAGUUGCCGGCAGUCAAACACGGCAUCUACAACCCACAUCUGCCCACGCUCCGGCACAUGGAUCGAGACACGGUGGCCUGCAAACUUCCAGACGAGCACUGCCAGUCCACCAACUGCUGCAACCCACGUGACUUUGCCUUGGCGGAACUGACGGGCGUCAGCAAGUCGCAGAAGUGGCACUCGUGUCCAGACGACACCAAGACGGAACGGACCGUCAGCCGACUCUACUUUAAAACCGGAGGAUCACGAGAGGCUGAUGGCUAACUGGUACCGGUACCUGCACGACCCAGUCUUCAGAGAAAGCAAGCCGUGUGAGAACGUGCUUCGUCUGGACAACUUUGACCCCAACCUCCUGCACUUCAAUGGCGCUCACGUGGUCAAGCAGCUUCCGGUGGAGAGAGAAAUCAGGAUGAAGUUGAAGUGUGAGCCGAGGCUGGAAACCCAGUACGGACAACAGCAGCCGACACCCUCCGACACCAACUCCCGCUACCGUCACGUGCGACCCUUCUUCUUCCGGAACCUCUCCGACAAGAUUUGGGUACCCCCGACCCCUUCCGCUCAGCACCCCGACCCCCCGUGUUCGUAUUUCUUAUGAUUCCGGCAAUCCGGAAGUAAGUGGGGAGUUAGCGAAUGUCCUGGAUCGUCGAAAAAAAUAACUCAGAAAUAUGGAGGAACUGGAUAAUGUAUUAUAAGGUCGGAAAACAUAGCUAAAACAAGGAGAUAGCUGAGAAUGUGUGACAAUGUGAAAAAUAGAGCAAAAUGAGAAUGAGAAUGUAGCAAAACGUUAAAAACAGCAAAAAUAAGGAGAAUGAGAAUGUAUUAAAAUGUCGAAAACAUAGCGAAAGUAAUGAGAUAUCUCAAAUGUAUUAAAAAACAGCGUAAAAAUAGGAGAAUGUGAAUGUAUUAAAUCGAUAAAAUAACGCAGAAAUAAAGCGAUAUAUGAGAAUGCGUUUCAACGUCAA